AUGCCUCCGGUCGCCCUCAAUUCCCUUCCCGAAAACCCACAUUACCGGACCCGUCGCCCACAAAUCCCUUCCUGUCGCCCCAUCUCCCUUCCCGUCGCACUCACUUCCCUUGCCGUCGCCCUCGUUUCCCUUCGUGUCGCCCUCAUUACCCUUCCCGUCGCACUAAUUUCCCUUACCGUCGCACUCAUUUCCCACCCCGUCGCCCUCGUGUCCCUUCCCGUCGCACUAAUUUCCCUUCCCGUCGCACUCAUUUCCCUCCCCGUCGCCCACAUUUCCCUUCCCGUCGCCCUCGUUUCCCCUCUCGUCGCCCUCAUUUCCCCUCUCGACGCCCACAUUUCCCUUCCCGUCGCCCUCAUUUCCCCUCUCAUCGCCCACAUUUCCCUUCCCGUCGCCCUCAUUUCCCCUCUCGUCGCCCUCGUUUCCCUCUCCGUCGCCCACAUUUCGCUACCUGUCGCUCACAAUUCCCUUCAUCCUCCUUUCCUCUCAUCCUCCUUUCCUCUCAUCCGCCCUUCCUCUCAUCCGCCCUUCACGCUCUCAUCCUCUCUCCUUCUCAUCGUCCCUCCCUCUCAUCCUCCUUACCCUUGUCCACCCUUAUUCGCGUCCUCCCUCCCCCUCAUCCGCCCUCCCCCUCAUCCGCCCUUCAUCUCAUCCUCCAUUCCCCACAUCCGCCCUUCAUCUAAUCCUCUGUUCCCCUCGUCCUCCCCUCCUCUCAUCCUCCUUUCCUCUCAUCCUCCUUUCCUGUCAUCCUCCCAUCCCCACAUCCGCCCUUCUCUCUCAUCCUCUCUCCUUCUCAUUCUCCCAUUCUCCCAUACUCCCUUUCUCUCAUCCUCCCUUCCUCUCCCCUUCCAUUCCACUCGUCCCCCCUUCCUCUCAUCCAACCUUUCCUCCCAUCCUCCUUUCCUCUCAUCCGCCCUUCCUCUCAUCCGCCCUUCACGCUCUCAUCCUCUCUCCUCCUCAUCGUCUCUCCCUCUCAUCCUCCUUUCUCUCAUCCACCCUUCUUCAGAUCCUCCAUCCAUCUCAUCCGCCACCCCCCUCAUCCGCCCUUCAUCUCAUCCCCCCUUCCCCACAACCGCCCUUCAUCUCAUCCUCUGUUCCCCUCGUCCUCCCUUCCUCUCAUCCCCCCCUCCUCUCAUCCUCCUUUCCUCUCAUCCACCCUUCCUCUCAUCCGCCCUUCCUCUCAUCCGCCCUUCCUUUCAUCCGCCCUUCUCUUUCCUCCUCUCUCCUUCUCAUUCUCCCAUUCUCUUAUACUCCCUUUCUCUCAUCCUCCCUUCCUCUCCCCUGCCAUUCCACUCGCCCCCCUUCCUCUCAUCCAACCUUUCCUCCCAUCCUCCUUUCCUCUCAUCCGCCCUUUCUCUCAUCCGCCCUUCACGCUCUCAUCCUCUCUCCUCCUCAUCGUCUCUCCCUCUCAUCCUCCAUUCUCUCAUCCACCCUUCUUCAGAUCCUCCCUCCAUCUCAUCCGCCACCCCCCUCAUCCGCCCUUCAUCUCAUCCCCCCUUCCCCACAACCGCCCUUCAUCUCAUCCUCUGUUCCCCUCGUCCUCCCUUCCUCUCAUCCCCCCCUCCUCUCAUCCUCCUUUCCUCUCAUCCACCCUUCCUCUCAUCCGCCCUUCCUCUCAUCCGCCCUUCCUCUCAUCCGCCCUUCUCUUUCCUCCUCUCUCCUUCUCAUUCUCCCAUUCUCUCAUACUCCAUUUCUCUCACGCUCCCUUCAACGCUCUCUCCCUGCCUCCUCAUUCUAGCACGCAGCCACCUUUCGGCCAGCAACACCACUCACCAACGGGCAGCUCAGCCACCCUGA